AUGGAGAUUAAACAUAAUGGUUUUGGCAAUAUGGAAGAUAAGCCAUCCAAAACUGAUGCUAGUCUUAAGUACUACGAAGGCGCAGCUAAAGAAACUUUAGGCAAAACCGUAGGAAAUGAGAAAAUGGAAGCUGAAGGAAGAGAAAAGAAAAUCGAAGGACAAGAUGAAUAUGAAGCCGCAAAAAUGGCGGGCAAAGCUGAAGGAGUCAAAGACGAAUCAUCUGGAGAGGUUAAAAAAGCUUCCGGUGAUACUCUUGGCGAUACUAAAAUGAAGGCUGAAGGAAAAGCGACUGAAUUGAAAGGACAGGCAGAACGCAAAAUUAAUCAGUAA